GAGAUGAUGACCCAUCAAGAGAGUGCAUGGGAGAUUUCUCUUAUGAAGAUAAUGAAGAAGAUGUUAACUACAUUGGAAACAAUAUCAAGGGAUACAAUCCAAGCUAUCGACCAAACCCCAACAUGUCUUAUAUGAGCACCAAUGUGGAGAACCCUCAAGACCAAGUGUAUCCACCAAGAUACUGA